AUGGAUUCCUAUUACAAUACCCAUAGAACAGUCCAAGAACCCAAAGGUCAAGAUCUUGAUUACAUCAACAUAGCUUACAGUCAUCUUCUUCGCUCUGAUUGGGCAAAGCUAGCUAAACUAUUAACCAAAUCAAAUUCAUUUAGAUUGAAGCACAUUCUCUUAAUGCUCCAAAACAAUUACGCCGUUUCCCUCAAAUUCUUCAAAUGGAUUGAACUUCACAACCCUAAUUUACUCACCCUCGAAACAAAUUCCAUCAUCUUCCACAUCCUCACCAAGAAUCGUAAAUUUGUGUCAGCUGAAUCCAUUUUAAAGAAGAUCAUCUGUUCUUGUGAUGUAAAUCUCCAUUAUAAGCUCUUUGAUUCUCUUCUUCACUCUUAUCGAAUUUGUGAUUCCACUCCUCGUGUUUUCGAUGCACUUUUUAAAAUGUAUGCACAUGUAAAACAAUUCAGGAAUGCAAUAGAUACGUUUUGUAAAAUGAAGGAAUAUAGAUUUCUUCCCACCAUUGAAUCAUCUAACAUGUAUAUGAGUUCGUUGCUUAGUUUCAAUUGA